UAAUGACUCCGCCCCCUCGGGAGGGGGCACGGUAGAUACCCGGAUGUGGAUGCUCGGUGUGAGUCACGUGACACAGCCCGGUGAGGCGGGACUCCUGGCAGCGCAGUCGCCUCACGUGACCUCCUGCCAGUCAGCCAAUGGGUGAGCGCGGCGGCGAAUUUCGAAUGUGGUGGCGUUAGCCGGCGGGCGACUGGGGACGGGGCCUAGACCUGGAGGGGCCGAAGCACAGGCUACGCCGGCCGGACAGCUUCGCGAAACCUUGGAAUGUAAGAAGGAGGGCGACAGCUGCGGCAGAAGUGGUGGCCAAGGCAGAAGAUGGCCAAGGAAAGGUGCCUUAAAAAGUCCUUUCAAGAUAGUCUUGAAGACAUAAAGAAACGAAUGAAAGAGAAAAGGAGUAAAAAUUUGGCAGAGAUCGGCAAACGAAAGUCUUUUAUAGCUGCGCCAUGCCAAAUAAUCACCAACACUUCUACACUGUUGAAAAACUACCAAGACAACAACAGAAUGUUAGCUUUAGCUUUGGAAAAUGAAAAAUCCAAAGUGAGAGAAGCCCAAGAUAUCAUCUUACAACUGAGAAAAGAAUGUUACUACCUCACAUGUCAGCUACAUGCAUUGAAAGAAAAACUGGCUUCACAACAAACCGGAGAAACUACUCAGAACCAGGAAGUAUGUCCCUCUGGAAUGGCCACCAGUAGUGACAACUCCGGGGAUUUAUUUGUGAAGGAUUUACCACAAGUUCCUCUUCAGGAAGCUCACCUUCCAGGACAAGGAGAAUCAUUCCAAAUAGAAGAGCAAAUACCUAUUUCUCAAGACAGACUGGGAUUUGAUUUGAAUUCAGAUGAUGAUAAAUCUACUGAUAAUGUCUUACCUAGAACUGUAUCUGUCCGUCGCAGUUUAAAGAAACAUUUUAAUAAUCUAUGUCAGUUCAAUACCUUGGAUGAUUUUGAAAUCAGUCAUUUCUCAGAGCAGUCCUUUGAAUUGGAAAGAAUUAGAUGUGUAGACCCAGUAGUAAAUAUGCACUUACCUGAAAACGUGGAACAAAAUGUUUGUCAAUGGAAUAAUGAUCAAAUUAACUUAUCACCAAAGCUGAUUGACCCAGAAAGAUCCACUAAAACAAAAGAAGACAUCUUAGAGUAUAAACCUGAACAAACUAAAAAUAAGCGCAGAGGUGCACAAGGAAGAAAAGGAGAAGAGAAAAGAAAAGGUAACAGAAGGAAAAAAUCAAAAUCUGUAUCAAAGUAUAAAGCGAGCAAAAGUGAAAAUAAAAAAACUGUCUCCAAAGAAAAGUUGGAUGAAUCUGUCACUUCCAGUGAUGCCUACAAUUUUAAUUUGGAAGAGGGAAUUCAUCUCACUCCUUUCCGACAAAAAAUUAACAAUGAUUCGAACAGAGGAGAAAACACCAAUGAACCUGAAGUGAGCGUCUGUGAAUCAAGUGGUUCAGGAGAUGACUCUGAUGACCUCUAUUUGCCCACUUGCAAGUACAGUCAAGGUCUCUCCAGUGAACCAGCUGGGAGCCCAGUCAGCAGGCCGAGACCUAAAAGAGCGCUAAAACACAGGGCUGAAAAAGAGAUAGAGGGCACUAAGCUUAUAAAAACUCCCAUCAGUGCACUACCUAAAACUCACCGCUCACCUCAUUUUAGCCUGAAGGAUAUCACCAAUGCUCCCUUGUAUCCUGCAUUGAAAGUCAGAAAACUUUCUCUUUCUCCAAAAAAGAAUAAAGAAAGCCCAGCAGUGUCUCUGCCAAAGCGGAGGUGCACAGUCAGUAUGAACUAUAAGGAACCCACACUCAUUUCGAAACUGAGAAGAGGAGACCCUUUUACAGAUUUGUGUUUCUUGAAUUCUCCUAUUUUCAAACAGAAAAAGGAUCCCAGACGCAGUUCUAAAAAAAAAGUAUGAAGCAAAUACAGUGAAGUGUUUUUUGGAUGCUGUUUAAAUUCAUCCUACUACACCUCCUAUCUCUCCAAGAGAGAAUCUGUAAGAUAGUCUACAAAAGGGUUGAACUAUUGCCAUGGAAUAUUCUUUGACUGAACCCUAGAUCAUGAAAAUGUCUUCAAAACUAUACUUCAAAUGUGAUGCUUUUUUCUCAUACCACUAAUCAAUUUGGUUUAUUUUUUCUUUUAAAUAAAAAUAACCGGACAUAAGCCCAAUUUCUUAAACUGCCUAAAACUUUUAAUUUUACUCAAAAUGUAUCUUCUGCGAAAGUAAAAUGUGAGAUAAUGAACUGAUGGUUGCUUAGGUUCUGGGACUAGGCAAGUGACUAGCUCUAAAUACCAAGCUAUCUAGGUGUAUACUGUUCAGUGACCCGUUAGCAAAUUAUUAUGUUUGGACUUUCAGGAUAGUUCCUUAGUUAGUCGUUACCAUAGUAGGGUCAGUGCAGAUAUAGAACAUUUCCAUCACUAUAGAAAGUGAUUGCACUAUUGGGCAAUUUGAAGUUUGGUGUUUUUAUACUUUUAAUAUUUCUGUAUUCUUACUGUUUAUCCCUAGACUGUUAAGAAUCGUUUUGUAUGUUAUCAUUUUACAUGAAUGUUAUAUUGUACGUACCUUUUUGCAACUGACUUUUACUUAACUCACCAAUGUUUUUGAGAUUUAUCCAUGUUGGCAGAUGUAGAUUAUUUUCAUCGUACAGUUAUAUAAAUAAACUAGACUUACUAUUUUGAGAGAUAAUUUGCUUCCACUAUUUCUAUUAUUACAAAUUAGUGCUGCGGUGAAUAUUCUGCAUUCUUGCACACAUGUGAAUAAGUUUCCAUGGAGUGGAUACCUAGAAGGGGAGCUGCUCUCUAAAGUGGUUGUACCAAUUCUCCUGACACAAGGAGUGUUAUCACUCUCCUACGAGCAAUUUAUAAGUUCUAGUUUCCCCACACAGUAUCA